GUUCGCGGUACCCUCCGUCCACUGCCAUAAAAUCUUGAUCCCCGGAAGCACACGGCUCGGUCGAAGCAUGGCAGUCACGGGGAAGCGCGGCGUCGGCAUACCGACGAUCCUUUUGCAUGACGGGGAAGGCACGAUCGUGACGGUCGAGAUGAAGAACGGCGAUCUCUACCGGGGAUACUUGGACGAAACGGAAGAUAACAUGAACUGCCUGCUCAAAGACGCGAUUCGGACGGACGUCCGCGGCAUCACGACCCAUUGCGAACACGUGUACCUCCGAGGGUCACAAAUCGUGUUUAUCGUGCUCCCAGAUAUGCUGAAACAUGCACCGUUCUUCAAACGAGUGAAGCUGUGGAAGAAGCAUAGAGGGUCGAUACCAGCACUGGGGCUGGGUGGAGGCGCACAUAUAGGUCUCGGGUCCGGCCCGCGUGGUCAAGCAGGCGGGCACAUGCGGAAGGGCCCAAUGCGUCGCUAGGUAAUCCCAGUAAUACCAGUCAUCCUCAUGCAGGUAGGUCGCGUCG